CGACAUUGCCAUUAACUAUUCUCUUAAAAAAAAAAAAAUCUUUGAUCUUAGGGCUCGCCCUCUUUCUUCCCCUCACUCGGCCAUGGCGACAGGAAGGCUUCCUCACCUCCUCAAAACCCUCGAUCCCUUCCUUUCCGCUUCUAAAACGCGGGCAAUCAACACGCUCGUUAGCCAGCACACAGCCAAAUGGAUGCAGGACACCAGUAAAAAAUCGCCAAUGGAAUUGAUUAAUGAAGUACCUCCAAUAAAAGUUGAAGGUCGGAUUGUUGCUUGUGAAGGAGAUACUAAUCCAGCCCUUGGCCAUCCAAUUGAGUUCAUAUGCCUUGACCGGGAUGAACCAGCAGUAUGCAAAUAUUGUGGUCUCCGUUAUCUUCAAGAUCAUCAUCACUGAGGAGUUGGAUUGGUUGAAUCUUGUCGAUAUGAUGUUCUUAAAUCAUGCCACCUGGCAAGAAACAGUCUCUUUGUUUUGCAUUGAUGUAUUGUAAGAAAGUUUCGCAUUCUUAGCUCAUAAAAGCUCAACUAGUUUGUGUGAGCAUAACAAACAUGCCCUCGAGAAUUUUCUUCCUUAAUCUGAUGGGAUGUAUGAUGACAUUACUAAACAUGCAUUUUUAUUCUUGACAGACAUAGGCGGUUAAAUGUUUCGAGGCAUGCAUUAUGAAAAUUUCCCAUUUUUUUUGGUACAAGAAAAUUUACCAUUUAAUAGGAGCCGA